CUAGCCUGAUCGAGCGCUCUCAGCCUUUAUUGAAGCCACCACUCUCGCCAGGUGGAGCCAAUUGCAAUCAAACGAUUGCAAAAAAUAUCUUCAGAGACUCCAACGCUCUUCGCUGAAGCAAGCAGCUCUCUGCACCAGAGCCCACGUGAUCAGCUCGACACUGUCAGGAGACCAUGCUGCUGCGCAAUCUAUUUUUCGCGGCCGCGACGGCGCACGCCUUCGUGCUCCCGCCCGCGCCGCGGACGACGCGGCUGCAGAUGAUGCCGCCGAAGCCCGGCGACAUGACGCCCGAGUCCAUGCGCCAGGCCGCCGACGCCCUGAAGACGCUCAAGCCGGACCAAAUUCAACAAAUGCUCAAGGAGGUCGAGGACAUGUCGCCCCAGGAGCGCGAGCGCCUCAAGGGGAUGGGCAUCAACCCGGACAUGCUCAAGAUGUCCAUGAAGGUCAUGAACUGUGUCGUCUGUCCUCCACGCCAUCGGCGCAACACGUUCCACACAGGUCAUGAAGGCCAACCCCAACGUCAUCAAGAUGGCGCAGGAGCAGAUGGCCAAGAUGUCGCCCGAGCAGAUGAAGCAGGCCAGUGAUUUGGCCCAGAAGCAGAUGGAGGCCAUGGCGCCGGAGGACCUGGAGAAGAUGGCCGACAGCGCCAUCGCCGGCGCGGGCGGGCCGGUCGUCGACGUCGACGUGGAGGAAGACGCGCCGGCGCGGAACGCGCGCGACGAGGCGUUGGUUGAUGCGCUGUUCGUCGUGGCCGCGGCCAUGUCGAAGCAGCCCGGCGCCGUGACGCUCGAGGCCUUCAAGCAGCUGCCUCCUAUACAAUCGCUGCGGGGCGAGCUGCCCGACGACCUGUCCGACGCGGAAAUCGCGGACGCGUGGGCCGAGGCGGGCCUCGCCGUGGGCGCCGCGGCCGACAAGACGGCGUUCACGCGCGCCUGGCUGGCGCUGGACCAGCUCUACGACGACGACAUGAUGGUCGAGGCGCGGCGGCCCCCUAAGAAGACGCGCGCCCCCGACGUAUAAUCAGAGGAUCGUGACU